CGAUCCCUUGCCAACAACAAGCAAAAGCAGCAGCACCCAACAACCAACAACCAUCAUGGCAGACGAAGAGGCACAGCCAACCACGCCUGGAAGCGAGGCAACGCCUCAACAGGAAGCGCAGCAACAACAAGAAGGAGAACAACAGGAACAGCAACAGCAGGAACAGCAAGAAGGACAGCAGCAGGAACAACAGCAAGACGGACAACAGCAGGAACAGCAGGGGCAGAGCGAGGCAGCGCCUGUCGAUCAAGCCGCUGACGCAUCGCAGCAGGAAGCGACCGACGAAGCGCCCAAGCAAGAAGGCGAAGGUGAACAGCAAGAAGAGCCACAGCCAGAGCAAAGCGCAGGCCAGAACGAAGAGGGCCAGCAGCCACAAGAGGGCCAGGAGGGACAAGAGUUGCAGCAGGAACACCAAUUAAAACAACAGGAACAACAACAGCAAAACCAAGAGCAGCAGCCAGACCAAGCACAGAGCAACAGCGAUGACGGCGGCGCUGGCGAGCAGACGACAGCAGCCCCGGAAGCAGGGCGCCCAUCCAUCAGCGUUGAGGACUAUGACGACAACGUUGUUCUUGAUGACGACGUAGCACAGCGGCUCCAGGUCGUGGAGGCCGAGUUGGAGAAGGUCAGGGCGGAGAAGGAGGCGCUGCGGUCACAAGUGGAGGACGCGUUGCAGCGGCUUCCAGACUACAAGCCCAAGCAAGAGCAAGCGCCCAAGGAAGAGCAGGAAGCGGCGCCCAAUGCAGACACUGCCGGCAAAGACUAUCAAGCCGCACAGGCUGCAGCUGAAGGCGAGAAGAACGGCGAGAAAGAGGCAGCCGAGGGUGAUGGCAAGGCUGACGCAGGCGCAGGUGAUGAGGGAGACGAGGCAGCGCCGUCAACAGACCAAGGAGAUCAACCAUCGGAGAAGGAAGAUGAUGGAAAGGCUGGAGAUCAGGCAGCCGGUGAAGCGAAGGAUGAAGGAGAGCAGCAGCAACCUGCAGCAGAGAGCUCAGGCGAGCAGCAGCAACACCAACAAGAGCAGCCAACCAGCGCAGAGGAGGAGCAGAAGGGAGGACAGGAGGAGCAAUCGGCCCAAGGCAAGCAGGAGGAGGAGGAGGAUGAGGAGACGUCCAAGGCCCGCCAUGUGCUGGACACAAAUGCAGAGCUUGAGCGGCGCAUCCACGAACUGGAGGCGGAAGCGAGCCAGCUUCGUCUGGGCAACAGCAGCACAGCGUCACCCGCUGAAGGUCGCGGAAGUGAGGGCGGGGCCACCGAACAGCCGCAGGAGGGAGAGUCCACACAGAGCAGUGACGACGGCGAGGAUGAGGCUGCACGGGCCAUGAGUCCCGGGGAUAGGCUGCGCGCCAACAUUGCCAAGGUGGAGGAGCAGCUUGCGCAGCUACAUGGGGAGCGCGAGCGUGCCAACUCUGUUGAGGAAGCGGAGGACCUUGAUGCGGCCAUCGCCACCAAAGAACAGGAGCUGGCGGCACUUCAGGAUGCGCUGGAGUCGCUUGGACCGUCCCCGGAGGAGAUUGCUGCGCGCAAGGAGCAGGAGAGGCGGCGACGCGAGGAAGAGGAGCGACGGGCCCGCGAGCGCGCCGAGCAGGAGCACGCGGCUGCACUCGAGCUGAAGCAACGGCGCAUGGCGGCAACGCAGCGGCUGCAGGCCUUGCAGCGCGACCACGACGCCCUCACCAGCAGGAACGCCAUUCUACAGGCGAACCUGGCCGAGCUGCUGCGGCGGCGGUUCAAGGACCAGAAGCCGCUUAUGAAGCAAGGGGAGGCGCGCCUGCGGUACCAGGGCAUCCUCAAGGACCUGGCCCGGUUCGCCACGGAGGACCAGGACACGAAGACAUACUACACACAGGAGCUUGCGCGCCUGCAUGAUCUGCAAGCCGUGCGCACGGAGGAGGUUGCCCAAUCCGUCAAGGCGUACGCCAAGUUGCGCCGGCGCGUGGCCCUGCAGUCCAUCAGCUCUCGCAACGGCACCCGCCUGCGUGCCAACGAGUUUGCGCCCAUGGACAAGGACUACGAGGAGAAGGAGGAGGAGCUUGCGGCAAGCCGCAGGAAGCACUAUCGCCUCAAGGCCACGCUGGAACAGGCCCAGCACGAAAUGCGUGAGAAGGACAAAAUGUCCGGCGGGCUCCACCUCAUCGACUUUGAGCAGCUCAAAAUCGAGAACCAGACUGGAAAGUCGCACUUGGCCAACUUCUUGAGCGAUACCAUCACCAGCACAGAUGGCGUCGACUACCUUCCGACACGAGGAUGCAGGAUACUUGAGUUUGAUGCAGAGACAGACACCGGUCGUCGCUCGGACAUGUCAGUGGAGCUGUGGGAUGUCAGCGGCGACAUGAGUUAUGAAAAUGUGUGGCCCGCCAUGGCGCAGGGGGCACACGGUGCUAUCAUCGUGUUUGACAUCAACAAAAUGGGUCAGGAGAACGACCUCGGGCCAUGGUUCAAGACGUUUGUGAAGCGGGCUGGCCUUCGCAGCGGGCAAUGCGUUGUCUUUGCCAACAACCCGUCCACAGAGAGCCCAACACGCUCAGAUGUGGCAAUCGAGGGCCCGCUGUCCAAAGCGCGGCUGUACUCGACAGACAUCAGCGAGCGGCCAGACGAGGUGCGGCAGGCGUUUAAUCAGCUCAUGGUCGGCGUGCGCGAACUCGUCCUUGCACGCAGGGAGAAGGAAGAAAACCAGAUGCUCGGCAUGUGAUGUGAUGUGUGUGUGUGUGUGAUGUGAUG